CUUCUCUUAACUUCAAUCUGAACGAUUAUUGAAAAUUAAAAUCCAUUUCCUCUUCAAAAUUUUCCGUCUCUAAAAUCCAUUUCAUCUUUAUAUUCUCUGGCUAGAAUCAAUUACACUAGAUGGCAAAUCCAGCAGAAGUUUCAGCAAUUGAACAAAUUAGAAUGCAUCUUCUGGGGGAGUUUUCUCCAACAGAGCUUUCGUUUGCUGCUGAGAUCGAAAGAACUAGUAGCAUAAAUUCAUCAGUUUCGAGCUCUCAAUCUGACUAUUCAGUUUCGAUUUCUGAAUAUUUUAUGAAUCUUGAGGAGAAUGAUUUUGAUUUUAGCGACUUUUCAAGCCCCGAGUCCGUAGAUUUGGUACAAAAUCAAUUAAAUCCUCCAGUUGUAGACCUCACUACACCAAGCGCGGAAAAAUUGACUGAGAGGAAGCCUUCAUUGAAGAUUGAAUUGCCGGAGGUGAAGAAAUUUGACUGGAUCGACUUCUCCGAGUCGACUCAUUCGAACACGGUGGCGACGGUGCAGGACAACUCGGCUGUGGAGGAGAAGAGUCAUUACAGAGGGGUAAGACGGCGGCCGUGGGGCAAGUACGCGGCGGAGAUCAGGGACCCUAAGCGGCGCGGCUCACGGGUCUGGCUUGGGACGUUCGACACCGCCAUAGAAGCCGCCAAAGCUUAUGACAGUGCGGCGUUCAAGAUGCGGGGGAACAAGGCGAUUCUGAACUUCCCGCUGGAGAUUCGGAAGGAAGUAUGCGAAUCAGACGCAGACGCCACCGUCGACGUAGGUCGAAAGAGACGGAGAAAAGCGGAGGCAGUGGUGGUGGAAGAAAAAAGGUCGAUAAAACCGGAAACGACAGAAAAAAAUGAAAUGAUGCAAUGGCCGUUAACGCCGUCAUGUUUGAGCUCAGUUUGGGAUCAGAGCGCGCACGAUACGUAUAACUUUUCACCGUUAUCUCCGUUUGAUUAUCCACAGGUUAUGGUGAAAUGAAAGAAAUGCGUGCAUAAAAUUUUUAGUUUUCCGAUGUGCUGUCGUGUACAUAUACAGCCAACGGAUAAUGGAAAAUGAAUAUGCUUUCAGAUGUUAGCACUAAUGCAAGUUCAUUUGAAUUUUGUUUAUCGAGAAAUUUUCACAAGCAACAUUUAAAAAAGAACUUUACACUCA